AUGCAACAUACUCAAGCUGCUCAGGAUGGGAGCCCUCUGGCCUCCAGUUCUGCCUCUCCAGAGGCUGUCUCUGAGCAGAGAACCAGGAGCAUGAGAGGCCAGAAGAGGAAGAGACUGAUGGAUGUCAAGGGAGCCGCCCAGGAGAGCAGCCCCCUGGCCUCGGAUCCCACCUCCUCGGAAGCUGUCUCCGAGCUGAAGUCCUGGAAGAAGCGCGGGCAGAGGAGGAACACGUGGACCGUCAAUCAUGUUGAGGGAACGAAACUCAGGAUGAACAAGAGAAGAUCCAGUUAUCGUCCAGAAGACCAAGAGGCCUUCUACCGGCUGCUGGAGGACCCUGUUAUCCAGAGCUUCUUGGAAGCUGAUAUUUUCCUGAAAGUGUCUGACAAGUACCUGCUCUCCAUGGUGGUGGAGUACUUCGGGCGUGUCGGGCUGCCUGGUCACCUCUACAACAGGAUCCACUUCUUCCUGGCCCUCUACAUCGCCUCCGACAUGGAGGAGGACAACCCCACGUCCGAGCGGAGCAUCUUCCAGUUCCUGCUGGGCAGGGAGCACUGGCCAGACCUCUACAAGGAGUUCCUCAAGGUGAAGGUGGGACUCUUCCACGCGAUGGGGCGCCGAGCCUGGGUCACCCCGGAUUUGUGUGAGGAGAUCCAGGCCCAGAACCCACAUCACUGGGUCUGGAGUCGAGCGCGCCAGUGCGCCCCCUAG